UCAGUUAGAAUUUAGCAACGUCGCGAACAAGAUGCAAUCCUAUCGAGCAGUCCUUCUGUUAUUCCUGUCCGUUCGGCUCCUGCGGUGCGGGGGCAUGCCGUUGCCCUGGAAGCUUCGGGCCGAUCCCGAGGAGUCGGCGGGCUAUGCGGAGGGUGACAUGAAGUUGACGGAGAGACAGCGGCAGGUGUUGCAGCAUGGCCCCAUGGGUCGCAACGGUCUAUUGGAUACCACAAGACGUUGGCCCGGCAAUCUGGUCGUGUACAGCAUCUCCACAGACUUCGAUGACGCCCACAGGCAGGCCAUUCUGAAGGGCAUGCAGACGAUCGAGGAGACGACCUGCAUACGUUUCCGUGAGGCCAACGAACAGGAUGUGGACUAUGUGAGCAUUACGGCCCAGCCCGGCGGCUGCUACACGGCCGUGGGCUACCUCGGCGGACAGCAGCAAAUGAACCUGGAGAUAUACCCCAUCGGCGAGGGUUGCUUCAGGCCCGGCACCGUGCUGCACGAGCUGAUGCAUGCGCUGGGCUUCUACCACGAGCAGAGCUCGGCGCUGCGCGAUGACUACAUCGAGGUCAUCGAGGAGAACAUCGUGCCCGGCAAGGAGUUCAAUUUCCAAAAGUACUCGGAUAAAGUCGUCACCGACUUCGAUGUGGGCUACGACUACAAUAGCUGCUUGCACUAUCGUCCCGGCGCCUUCUCCAUCAACGGCAAGGACACGAUUGUGCCGCUCGACCCGACAGCUGUGAUCGGACAGCGCCUGGGCCUGAGCGACAAGGAUAAGGACAAGAUCAACAUCAUGUACAAGUGCCCCAUUUUGAUAUGAGCUGUCAAAACUUGGCCUCCACUUUGUAUUAUUCUUCUUAAAGUAUUAGAUCAAUGUGAUAUUAUUGUGCCUCAUCCAUCCAAGCCAUCCCACUCCAUAAGCAGUCCCUGCCGUUAUUAUUACUAUAAUUAUUUUUAAUCUUUACACAUAUUUCGUUAUCCUUGGCUUGCAAUGUAUUUACAAAGCGCAUCUGACAUUGCGUAAAUUAAAGUUCAUAUAUUAACAAUAA